AAGAUCAUUUGUUUGUAGAAAGUUGAUAGAUACCGGCUGGAUAUAUUUGCACAGAAAGGCCAGUGUAGAUAUUUUCUUGCAAGUAAAAUGGCGGAUGAAACCGGAGACACAAUCGAACGUCAUUUUACGUCGGUCUCGUCGAACCACACGAUAUCUCAGAAACGACGUCGUAGCCUGGCAUUUAACAUUUGUUUGUCAAAUCUAUCAGACGUGUUUUCAAGAGCUCUCGAAGAAAGAAAGAUAUUCACGGAAUUAUGGAGUCAAUAAACGAAACAAAGGUAAAGAAUAACUUAUGGAAGCGUCUGUCCCGAGGAGUAGGAACAGAACAUGUGAGCGCGUUAGCGGCACGCUUUAGAAAGCUGUUUUCGGAUUUAGCUGCCUGUGUCAGACCCGCUCGGUCCACGUUCCCCGACGGUGAUACCAAAUCGCCAACAAAAGGAGGGGAGUCCAACACAAAUCCUAUCUUCAGAGGGCCCCAAAUCACCGUUCCUUGGACAAGUCCCGUGUUCGCAUACCACACAUCUGGGUACAUCACAAAUGCCGAGGUGAAUGCUCAGGUGAAACUGCUGGAACUCAGGUUCCGAAAGCAGUCCGAGAUCCUGUCGAGGCACGAGCAUCGGACUUCCGUUCUGCACAAGAUUUCAGCCACCCUUAUUCCGUAUUUCAACGAUGAGAAAGUGGCCGAAAUGGCCGAUCUAGUUGAGAAAAUCAAACUGCGCCGGUUCAGCUCGAAGUCGGGCCCAGCAGACGGUUAUACCAGCUCCCCAACAAUACGAGAGAAGCCCAUGUCAAAUCCAAUCUACAAAGAGACCGAAAUCACCGUUCCUUGGACUGGACCCGUGUUAGCUUACCACACAUCUGGGUACAUCACAAAUGCCGACCUGAAGACUCAGGUGGACCUGCUGGAACUCAGGUUCCGGAAGCAGUCCGAGAUACUGGCGAGGCACGGGCAUCGGACCUCCGUUCUGCAGAAGAUUACAAGAAAUAAAAAUGGGUCACAUUUCGGAAGAUUUAGUGGAACACCGCUACCCUAAAAUUUGGGAAGUUACCGGGGGGGGGGGGGGGGAUCAACUAUAGGCGAAUGGACGUAUAAGCGCAUGUCGAUGUAAACUGAACCAAUAACUUAUAAACCCGAGUUAAACAUAAUGCGAACGUUGUCUGGAUGCAGAUUUAAAGGUGCUCAAUACUUCACCAACGCUAUAACACCCGUAUAAAACUUGCGAAGAAACGCAGAGACGCAGGUAAAUAGAAGUUACAGGAUCUGCACUAUAAAUCUGUAUUUAGAACUCCAUAAUAUGGUGUGCAUGUCUGCAUAUAACGCAUCAAAUCUGCACUAUAAAUCUGUAUUCAGAACUCCAUAUGGUGUGCAUGUCUGCAUCUAACGCAUCAAAUUGUUGUCGCAGCAGAAUAGAGCUUCAUAAUUUUCAAAAUCCAUUUGAAUCGAGCCCCAAAAUAAACACCUCGCACUGUUCAUUACGUGGUACACAAUCUGCAUUAAAAAACUGUUUCACAAAUUCAAUAUGUUGUGCACGUCUGCAUAUAACACUAACCAUUUUUUUCUCUUUUCGCCAUCUUGAUGUUUAUUAUUAUAUGACUUCAUCGAUUGAAAAUGUGAUUUGUCAUAUGAUGUUAUUCAUUGAAUAUUGCGUAUGGAGUAGGACUUCUGUACCUUUUGUGGCACUCGCAGAUAAAGGAUCAGAGUAAAGAUGGAUAAUCAAUUAGAUAACUAGAGAUUUUACGACUAGUGAUAAGAUAACGAAUAGUGACUGACAAGGACAUAUAUAAAUGACUGUUUUUAUGUGAAAAAAAUUAAUAUGUAAAUAAUUCAAUGUUUUAGUGUAUUUAGCUUAAGAAUUAAUUGUUGUGUUGGCACCGUCUGUCGGCUACCAGACGGACCGGCAUUUCAAAUUGUUAUAGUCAUAGGCGCUCGAUGUCAAUGACAAUGUGUUUAUUUUAUUUAUUGAUUUAUUUAUUUUUAGUUACAUGUUGUUUAUUAUAAUGCAUACACAUACUAAAUUAAUAAAAAUCUUCGGACAAAACGUCUUUUUAAAAAAGAUAGUUCGACUAUGUACAUAGAUAUUGACAAGGUAAAUCACUCGCCAUUUUCUAAAACAACGGAAGUGCAUAAUUAAAUCGCUGUCACCCCGCUCGCUUAUUGAAAUGCGCGCGCAGGCCGGGAACCUCGCUCUUUCUCUAUCUACUUUCAGUUUCAACAGAAACAUCCACAGACGAUGUAAUAAAUCCUUGUCACUUUUGUUUCACUCAAUUAAUUGGGCAAUCAACAAAAGAUAUUGUAAAUUGCAAACACAUGAAUCAUUCCUAACCAAUUGUUUAACUUGAUUUCGUCUGCCAUGGUGAUUUCCGGAAAAAAAUUAGCAUGUCAAAAAUCAAAUCUGGCGCCCAUAGUGUUAAGUGGCUGUUAUUUUGUAUAAAUAGCGAGGUUCCCGGCCUGUAGGAAACCGUGCUAAAUUUUAAUAAGCUUAAUGCUAUUUAAUUUUGAAUUGUUUAUAGCAAUUGCUUAUUUAGUGUUAUAUAAAAUGGUGAUGUGCAGAGUUAUUGAAUCAUUUGUAUUUAGAUAUUCAUUUAGAUUUUCAAAUUGGCAAUUAAGAUAACUAAGAAUAAAAUGUCCGAACCUCCCUCUAAGCGAAGGCGCGUGGAAUAGUCUCUAGAAGACAAAAUCAAACUGAUCAAAGAGUCUUAGAUGUUGCCUAAGCCUAGGCACAAGAUGCUGUCAGAGAAAUAUAAAGUAGAAAAGUCGACGAUAGGAGAUAUCGUGUGAAAAAAGUCUGUGUACAUGUCUGAUUUGGAAAACAACUCUUCGCUUAACAAACGUCGGUUCAACAAUGAGAUGAAAUUUGAAGUGAUCAAUACAAUUGUAUGGGACUGGUUGUGUAUUGUAAGGCCUACUAAGUUAUUACCGAUCUCUGAUCCGAUCAUACAGAAUAAGGCACCGGGCUUUUCUAAGAAACUAAGAAUAAGUGACUUAAAAGCGUCGAAUGGGUGGCUGUGUCGUUGGAAGAUACGGUAUGACAUUAAAGCAUUCAAAGUGUGCGGAGAGAGUGCCAGUGUGGAUUAAUUUGGUGUGAACAGUUUUAAGGACAUAAUAAGUAACUUUAUUGUAGAUGUAAUAUAUAAAUAAACUAUUAAAAUUUGCUGAAAGUGUGUGCUUUGUUCACAUUAUGCUAUGCAAUUGACCUUCUAAAAGUAAAAUAGUCAAU